UCUCCGUAUUUCUCAUUUCCCCUUUUUCUUCUAAUUUGAUAUUUACAUGAAUGUUUUCAAGAUUGUUCUGAUUAGCUGUUUGUUUAUUUAUUUAUUGGAGAUUGAUGCAUUGCUGAUUGAUCUAGGGUUUUUUUUUUAAUUGGCCUAUGUUUUUUUCGGUUGAGAUUGUUGUUUGAUUUGUGAAUUAGGAUGCGAAUGAGCCUCGUGGUGGUGAAUUUGGAAAUGUUCUACAUUAUUGUAUUUUGUUUCUCAUGCAUUUCGUGAUCCUACAAUUGUGUGAUUGUAAAUGGAUGAUUUCAUGAAUGGGCUUUUGUUCAUAAUUGAUGCCAGUUUACUUUUUUGUUUCCGUUUAUAUUGACAGUGUUCAUUGCAUAGAUCGAUUACAGGUAAUGGAAGGGAGAAGAGCGUUUGUCGUGGGAUUCGGUUAGCUACGAAACGAAUGCUAGGUGAUCCUGUAGGUCAUAUUGUUGCCAUGGCUGCUGGAAUUUCUUCUCCGAGGAAGAUAAAGAUCAAUGGAUUUAUGAAUGUCUUGUCAUCCGCUUCAUGUGAAUGGUUCUUGAUGUUCUUGCUGUAUGUUGAUGCAGCAUUUUGGUAUCUGCUCCUAAAAUUCGCGCGCUAUUGUGAACUGGAAACGCCUUGCCUGUUAUGCUCGAGGCUUGAUCAUGGUUUGGAAAAAAAGAAACAUGCAUUGUGUUGGAGCUUAUUGUGCAGUGAGCACAGAGAAGAAAUAUCUUCACUGGUGUCUUGUUCUGUCCAUUCUAGAUUUGCUACUGUUCAUAGCAUGUGUGAAGAGUAUCUCACAUCGAUUGCUAUGCAGAAAAAAUCGAGUUCCCCUGAGUACAUGACCUGUUCCUGCUGCAGCAUCAUGGUGAAGUCUAAAUCUUACACUGGAGGAUUGCUACAACUUGACCCCCUUGGUUUUGGGGCUUCAAGGGAAAACAUUAUGCUGCCUCAGCCUCAUACACCAAGUUCGAGUAAUUUCAGUCAUAGUGAUAGCCUAAAGAGGAUUAGAGAAAAGUACGCAGGCACGGUGGUGACAGAUCAACCAGCUCAAGGAAAUAGUGUUGAUGCUGACACAAGGUCUACUACUGUAGCCUAUACGGAGCUAAAAUUGUCCUCUGAUUCCGAGUCUGAAUUUGCACAUUCAGAAGAUGAUGAUGAUGAUGAUGAUGUUAACACGGAUAUGGAAAAAAGCCUGCACGAACCACCAUCUGAUAGCGAUGCUCUAAAGAGCCGGAAGGGUCAAGGUUUUGAUGUGAAAUAUAUAGCUCUUGAUCCACCUAGUAUGAUUAAAACAAGCGAGCACAAGAAUGAGGACACUUUGUCAUGUAAUGCCAAUACAGAGCAUUUUGCGGAUCUUGAUCAGGAAGAAGUGUCUUAUUAUAAACGCAGUUCAUCUUUAACACAGAAGCAAUUUUCUUUAGGUGACAGUUUCUCACCACGCGAUGGUGGUGUUGGUCAUUUUACAGAGACAUCUGAAUCCAGCGUUUCUCUCCCUCACAUGCCAACCAUCUGUGUACCAUCUUUAGGUGACAGUUUCUCACCACGCGAUGGUGGUGUUGGUCAUUUUACAGAGACAUCUGAAUCCAGCGUUUCUCUCCCUCACAUGCCAACCAUCUGUGUACCAUCUGAGGUUAUUUCUGUAUGCAGUGUUCCUCCAUUGUCCAAUGACACAACACCAGAAAAAGCAGAAGACACUGGGGAAAGCAGUGAGAAUGAAGAACUAUCUGAUGCGAGUCACGCAGAAGCUACUGUAAGGACUAAUUCAGAUGAUACUCGUCUGUCAAAGAAAAACGAUACACAUCAUAUUGAUGCUUCAAUUCGUGGUGAUGAAACUCUACAACAAUUAUCUAGGAGUGCUUUUGAACCAACUGAUACCUGUGAUUAUGCUAAAAUUGAAGAUGCAGCUGCAGUAUCCACUUCUGAUGUGGGCUUAUUAGAAGAAGAACCCAGUCAUAGAGUCCAUCAUAAACGUGAUGAAUUUAGAGUAACAGAAGGUCCUUGUUCUAAGGCACUUCCAUUUCCAGCCUCAUCAGAAACUGAGGACUCCUCGUAUAUAUCUGUGGAUGAAAUCACUGUGAACGACAUUGAAGGUGAAAGUGGUGUUAAUCAACUACAACGACAGAUUGAGCAUGAUCACAUCUGCCUGAAUUCUUUGUAUAAGGAAUUGGACGAAGAAAGAAAUGCUGCUGCUAUUGCAGCAGAAGAAGCAAUGGCCAUGAUUACAAGAUUACAGGAGGAGAAAGCAUCAUUACGUAUGGAGGCACUAAAUUACCUAAGGAUGAUGGAGGAGCAAGCAACAUAUGAUGCGCAGGCAUUGGAAACGGCUAAUGAUCUUCUUGCUCAAAGGGAGAAGGAAUUGCAGGACUUGGAAUAUGAGUUAGAAUCUUACAGAAAUAAUUUCCUUGAUGACCCAGAUGAAGAUGAUAUAGAAGAGACCUCGGAUCUGGAUACUCAAACUGCAGCCAAUACAGAAACAAGUCUAGGGGCUUCUAGUAAUUCCUAAUCUGACAAAAUCUUUGAAGAUGAUAUAUAUGUAUACUCUGGGAAUGUUUGAAGGAAGUUGGAGGAGCUCCAUCAAGCUCAUUUUAGUUGAAACUUAAAUGAAAUGCCUCAUGGCCCAAGUUCUAGAAAUAUUAAGUAGAGGCUACCAAUCCCAAUCACAACCAACAAGCACAAUUUAUAUCAUUAGAAUGAAGAGAAUACCUCUGUUGUGCAAAAAGUUAUUCUGAAUCUUCUACUAGAAAAUUGCACAAAAAAAUCACGCCGAUGGUAAUGACCAACCAGCUAGAUCUACAUCUGUCGAUAACAAUUUAUGCCAGAAAGUUUUCCACACAAAUGACUGGAAGGGAUUUGCAGCAUCUGUCAAAAUGGAUAUGAUCAAGAUGUUCUGAUGGGUAAGUGUCUUCCUAACGAUGGAUGUGAUUACAAGAAGCUUCAAAGGGAUCUACUUGAACCUCCACUUAAUCUUCCCCAGAAGAUCGAAUCACGCUUUAGGGGUGGAACAUGUAUAGUCAAUGUAAUCUUCAUUUUUUUUUUCUUUUAGUUGGAGAUUCGACUGCAAGGUACUCGUUCUCCUUUUAAUUUUUUACAGUUUCAGGUUGAUUCUAUACUUUUGACAAACUUGUAGCACGUAGCUGAUCAUGUAAACUGUGGAUACAAGCUUGCAAGUCCGUUCACCUUAGUGCAUAAUGUAGAUUGCUUACCUUAAGUAUCA